CAGCUACAAGCAAAUGUGAUUAUAUUCCGUGAUUCUCUGGGUAAAGGCGUCUACUGUUUAUUCACACAUAUACAUUUAACAACAAUUAAACUAAUAAAAAACAUAUAUUACACCAACAAACACUAAAUAGGAAAUAAAAACCCGAAAUAAAUGAGUGGAAAAUGUGACUUCCGCUCGUACGUUCCCCCAGACUUCCGGUUCACUUCCGCGGUUGCACAUCACAGCCAAGCAGCUGCGGUCACUUUUUCCAAGAUGAAGAUCGUCACCUGGAAUAUAAACGGGAUCCGGACUUUCAGAGGCGGAAUCAAACAGGCUCUGGAUUCUCUGGACGCAGAUAUCAUCUGUGUGCAGGAGACCAAAGUGACAAGAGACCUGCUGGACGAGAGGAGCGCCAUCGUGGACGGCUACAACUCAUAUUUCAGCUACAGUCGAGGACGCAGCGGAUAUUCAGGCGUUGCCACUUAUUGUAAGGACAGUGCCACUCCCAUCGCUGCUGAGGAGGGUCUCACUGGUCUGCUCACCAGCCACGAAGGGGCAGUGGGAUGCUACGGUGACCACGCUGAGUUUUCAACCGAGGAGCUGCAGCUGUUGGACAAUGAAGGACGAGCCAUCAUCACACAGCACCGAAUCAUGUGUCAGGACAAAGUGCAAACUGUUACCGUCAUCAACGUGUACUGUCCACGGGCUGAUCCUGAAAAGCCGGAGCGAAAACUGUUCAAACUGCAGUUCUACAAGCUGCUUCAGUGUCGGGCUGAAGCUGUACUGAAAGAUGGCAGCCACGUGAUUGUUUUAGGAGAUGUAAAUACAUCUCACCGGCAGAUAGACCACUGUGAUCCCUGCGAUAUUGAGGAUUUUGGUGAAAAUCCUGGCAGGAAAUGGCUGAAUGGUUUCCUGCACGGUGGCAAACAAGAGGAAGACAGGAACGAGGAGGAACUCGAUGAAGAAUCUGAGGUAACUCCGACAGAUCCCGUCCACGGAGGGAAAUUUGUGGAUACGUUUCGCUAUUUCCACCCAACUCGAACAAACGCCUUCACGUGCUGGUCCACACUCACUGGAGCGCGGCAGACAAACUAUGGCACCCGCAUUGAUUAUAUAUUCGCUGAUUGCCAGCUCGCCAAGGAGCAGUUUGCGACGGCGGACAUCAUGCCAGAGGUGGAGGGGUCAGACCACUGCCCUGUGUGGGGGCAACUGAGCUGCCCUCUCUUGCCCAACUCUAAGCCUCCUCCCCUUUGUACUCGCUACCUGCCAGAGUUUGCUGGCAAGCAGCAGAAACUCUCACGCUUCCUUGUUAAGGUUGAUCCAAAGUCAGCUCAGUCUGAGCAGAGGGAUGUUUUACCUGGAUCUCAGGAGGAGGGAGAAAAGAUGGAGAAUUUAAACCCACUGGGAGCUGGAAAUGUCUCUGGUAAAAAGCGGGGAUUAACAUCAGAUUCUGUUGUCCCAAGAGGGAAAAAGACAAAGACAGUAAAGACUAAUUCAAAGCCACAAGGCAGCCUCCUUUCCUUUUUCAAACCUAAACCCACAAAUGUUGUUCCCCCUGCUGAAGCCCCUUUGAGACAGUGUGAAACACCUCUCAGCCUGGAUAACACCUCAACACAAACCUCACAAAAAGAGUCCACAACGAGAGAAAAUGUUUCCUCAGUCACAGACAGAGUUCCUGAAGAUACAGAUACGGUGAAUAAUCAUUCCCCACAGACGUGCACCAGCAGCACCGCAGAGAAAUGUAACAAACAGGUGAAGACAAAACAUUCAACCACACAACCCACUGUGGGACACUCGGGUGCCAACAAAGGAGCAUCAUCUGUGUUUUGGAAGUCAGUUCUUCACGGACCACCUCCACCGCCCUCCUGUAAGGUCCACGGGGAACCCUGUGUGCUGCGUACUGUAAAGAAGGAGGGGCCAAACAUGGGUAAACAGUUCUUCGUGUGUGCACGUCCUCAGGGCCAUGCCUCCAAUCAGGAGGCUCGAUGUAAUUUCUUUGCGUGGGUUGACAAGGGAAAGUAACAUAUUUAACACAGAUCAUUUUUUCUGCCGUAGCAGUAAAACCUCUACCACAAAUAAUUACUGAAAGACUAACCCACAGAUGUCUCGUCAUUUCAUAGCUUUUAAUUGUUGACAGUGUUUUUUUCUGAGCUAAAUAAUAAAAGAGAUUAGUUUUCUACUA